CAGCACUCGACUUCAAUUUAAGCAACCUGCCUCGACCUUUUCCAUCACGCAUUUAAUCCCCAAACGUCAAGCUCCCAUUUCAAUCGCCGACCGAAUCCCCCACCGCCAUCGCCUUGUGCUCUAAGCUUGAUCUUGUUGAUCUCUUCAUUCCAUUCCAACAGUCAAGAUGUCUGAUCCACGAACAUUCUCUGAGGGCUGUCCCGUCUACGCGCCCUUCUUCGGCGCCAUGGGAUGCACAGCCGCCAUUGUCUUCACCUGCUUGGGUGCCUCCUACGGUACUGCCAAGUCUGGUGUUGGUAUUGCUGCUAUGGGUGUUCUUCGACCUGAUCUCAUCGUCAAGAACAUCGUUCCCGUCAUUAUGGCUGGUAUCAUUGGUAUCUACGGUCUCGUCGUCUCGGUCUUGAUCUCAGACGGUCUCAAGCAGGACCUGCCUCUCUACACUGGUUUCAUUCAACUCGGUGCUGGUCUUUCCGUCGGUCUUGCCGGUCUCGCUGCAGGUUUCGCCAUUGGUAUCGUAGGUGAUGCUGGUGUCAGAGGAACUGCUCAACAGCCCCGUCUCUUCGUAGGCAUGAUUCUGAUUCUCAUUUUCGCCGAAGUUCUGGGUCUCUACGGUCUCAUCGUCGCUCUGCUCAUGAAUUCGAAGGCAUCGCUGAAUGUCAGCUGCUAAAUUCAUCCACCUCCAAAUUCAAAGGGACAACGGGGCCGAGCUAACUUGGUUCUCAAUGUGGUAGGACAUCAAUCAUCCGAUGGCGAUAGCUCAGGGGUUUGGUGAAACCAUGGAAAUAUCUUAUGGUUAAAGCUGCAGGUUUUGGUGGGCCAUCAAUUUGUUGAUGGCGGUAGUAUCUGGUGUUGCUGGUGGGACAUUAGAGUACGAUAGUUGACAGACUGUCAGAUGAUGCGGUAUGUACUAUAGAAGGAUUAUUACGAUGCUGCGUUUUUCCAGUCUACGUAAUAUAUUUUGGCAAGAAACAAAAGUCAUCCUUAUAUCGUCAUCUCAUUUGUCUACUAGUGUUGCCAUAAUCUAAUCUCGUCAUGUCUCAC